UCUCCACCUCCCAGCGCCCCUUCCGAGAUCCCAGGGAGCCAGCGUUCUGGGAGAGCUGGAGGGUCCCGAGCAAACCGGGAGGCAGAGGAGGCAGAGGAGGCAACAGAGGAAAGCGACGGAGCUAGCCGCUCCAGUGCGGGACAGGAGCUGAAGGGACGUACCGCGUCAACCCCAGCUGGGCUCCGGCGACAGCGAACGCUUCUUGCAGCGCGGUGGCUUGAAGCCGCCGCCCCAGAGCUGCCCUUUCCUCUUCGGUGAAGUUUUCAAAAGCAGCUAGAGACUCGGAGGAAGCGAGGAAAGUGCCGGGUAGGACUGACGACUGCCUUUGUCCUCUUCCCCUCCACCCCACUCCCCGCCCUGUGUCUCCUCUCCUGUUGCUGCCUCGGCCCGCUCCUCUCUGCCCGUCCCCCUACCCCCGCCCCAGUCGGCCCAGCGCGGCCAGCCCGAGUUUGCAGAGAGGUAACUCCCUUUGGCUGCGAACAGGCGAGCUAGCUGCACACUGCAAAGACGGCUCUGGGGAGCCGGGCGACCAGCGAGCCGCUUCAGCACUGCAGCUGGGACCCGGGUAGUUAGGCGGUACGCGGGGCUGGCCCCCAGGUUCCCCUCAUUCCCUUUCCAUCUCCUGCACGCAGCAGCUACAUUCCCCCCCACCCCCGCCCUCCGCGCCCUCAGUUUGCAGGGCCAGAGACCAAACAAUGAAAGGGCAGGGGGCAGUGAGGGCUUCAGUAGACAAUUAAAAACAAAAGCAAAAACAACCGAACCAAACAAAACAAACCUCCAAACCCAAAAUAAAACAAAAAGAGAAUAACCCGGUUCCUAUUUGCACCUGCUUCAGUGGACACUGAAUUUGGAAGGCAGAGGGUUUUCCUUGUUUUUGUUUUGUUUCCUUCAAGACUUGGGCAUCUUUUGACUCAACCCUCCCAAGAUUUCAGGAACAGACUGUGAGCCUAGCAGGGCAGAUCGUGUCCAGCGCGUGUUUUCCUGGGCAGGAGACUUCGAGGCUGUCAGAGUGCUGUUGCGUGGUUAUUCCUGCAAGUUUCCUUCCCAGGAGCUUCCCGCAGGUAGGCAAUUAGCUGCAGUGACUACCGCAUCGCAGCCUGUUGAACUCUUCUCAGCUAGAGAAGGGGAAGCGGAAUAAAGGAAUUAGGCGGAAGAGUCAGCCAAGCUCAAGGAUGGAGGUACAGUUAGGGUUAGGGAGGGUUUACCCCCGGCCGCCGUCCAAAACCUAUCGAGGAGCUUUCCAGAACCUGUUCCAGAGCGUGCGCGAAGUGAUCCAGAACCCGGGCCCCCGGCACCCUGAGGCAGCGAGCGCAGCACCUCCCGGCGCCCGUUUGCAGCAGCAGCAGCAGCAGCAGCAGCAGCCCCAGCAGCAGCAGCAGCAGCACCAGCAGCAGUCGCCGCAGGAGAUCAGUCCUCGGCAGCAGCAGCAGCAGCAGCAGCAGCGGCAUCAGGGUGACGAUGGCUCUCCCCAAGCCCAGAGCAGAGGCCCCACAAGCUACCUGGCCCUGGACGAAGGACAGCAGCCAGCCCCCAAGGGCCAUCCGGAGACCGGCUGCGUUCCAGAGCCUGGAGUGGCUUCAGCCACCGGCAAGGGGCUGCAGCAGCAGCAGCCAGCACCACCGGACGAGGAUGACUCAGCUGUCCCAUCCACGUUGUCCCUGCUGGGCCCCACUUUCCCGGGCUUAGGUAGCUGUUCCACCGAUCUUAAAGACAUCCUGAGCGAGGCCGGCACCAUGCAACUCCUUCAGCAGCAGCAGCAGGAGGUAGUAGUAUCGGAAGGUAGCAGCAGCGGGAGAGCGAGGGAGGCCGCUGGUGCUCCCACCUCCUCCAAGGACAGUUACCUAGGGGGCAGUUCGACCAUCUCGGACAGCGCCAAGGAGUUGUGUAAGGCAGUGUCGGUGUCCAUGGGCUUGGGUGUGGAGGCGUUGGAGCAUCUGAGUCCUGGGGAACAGCUUCGGGGGGAUUGCAUGUACGCCCCGCUCCUGGGAGGUCCACCCGCUGUACGUCCUUGCGCCCCGCUGGCCGAAUGCAAAGGUUCUCUGCUGGAUGACGGGCCAGGCAAGGGCACCGAAGUAACUGCUGAGUAUUCCCCUUUCAAGGCAGGUUAUGCGAAAGGAUUGGAUGGCGACAGCCUGGGUUGUUCGGGCAGCGGUGAAGCAGGGGGCUCCGGAACACUUGAGCUGCCAUCCACCCUUUCUCUCUACAAGUCUGGAGCACUAGAUGAAGCGGCAGCUUAUCAGAGUCGCGACUACUACAACUUUCCGCUCGCCCUAGCCGGGCCGCCGCCCCCUCCGCCACCUCCCCAUCCUCACACCCGUAUCAAGCUGGAAAACCCGCUGGACUAUGGCAGCGCCUGGGCGGCUGCAGCGGCACAAUGCCGUUAUGGGGAUCUGGCGAGCCUGCAUGGCGGGGGUGCAGUGGGACCCAGCUCAGGCUCACCCUCGGCCACCGCCUCCUCUUCCUGGCACACUCUCUUCACAGCAGAAGAAGGCCAGCUGUACGGGCCCUGCGGCGGGAGCGGAGGCGGCAGCGCUGGUGAGGCAGGGUCUGUAGCCCCCUAUGGCUACACUCGGCCACCUCAGGGGCUGGCAGGCCAGGAAGGUGACUUCCCUCCACCUGAUGUGUGGUAUCCCGGCGGUGUGGUGAGCAGAGUGCCCUAUCCGAGUCCCAGUUGUGUCAAAAGCGAGAUGGGCCCCUGGAUGGAGAGCUACUCCGGACCGUAUGGGGACAUGCGUUUGGAGACUGCCAGGGACCAUGUUCUACCCAUUGACUAUUACUUUCCACCCCAGAAGACCUGCCUGAUCUGCGGUGAUGAAGCUUCUGGCUGUCACUAUGGAGCUCUCACUUGUGGAAGCUGCAAAGUCUUCUUUAAAAGAGCCGCUGAAGGGAAACAGAAGUACCUGUGUGCCAGCAGAAAUGAUUGCACCAUCGAUAAAUUCCGAAGGAAAAAUUGUCCAUCUUGUCGCCUCCGGAAAUGCUAUGAAGCAGGGAUGACUCUGGGAGCCCGGAAGCUGAAGAAACUUGGUAAUCUGAAACUACAAGAGGAAGGGGAGGCUUCCAAUGCCACCAGCCCCACUGAGGAGCCACCCCAGAAGCUGACGGUGUCACACAUUGAAGGCUAUGAGUGUCAGCCCAUCUUUCUGAAUGUCCUUGAAGCCAUCGAGCCAGGCGUGGUGUGUGCUGGACAUGACAACAACCAACCUGACUCCUUUGCAGCCUUGCUCUCUAGCCUUAAUGAGUUGGGCGAAAGACAGCUUGUACAUGUGGUCAAGUGGGCCAAGGCCUUGCCUGGCUUCCGCAACUUGCACGUGGAUGACCAGAUGGCAGUCAUUCAGUACUCCUGGAUGGGACUUAUGGUGUUUGCCAUGGGCUGGCGGUCCUUCACCAAUGUCAACUCCAGGAUGCUCUACUUCGCCCCUGACCUGGUUUUCAAUGAGUACCGCAUGCACAAGUCCCGGAUGUACAGCCAGUGUGUCCGAAUGAGGCACCUCUCUCAAGAAUUUGGAUGGCUUCAGAUCACCCCCCAAGAAUUUUUGUGCAUGAAGGCACUGCUGCUAUUCAGCAUUAUUCCAGUGGAUGGGCUGAAAAAUCAAAAAUUCUUUGAUGAACUUCGAAUGAACUACAUCAAGGAACUUGAUCGUAUCAUUGCUUGCAAGAGAAAAAAUCCCACAUCCUGCUCGAGGCGCUUCUACCAGCUCACCAAGCUCCUGGACUCUGUGCAACCUAUUGCGCGAGAGCUGCAUCAGUUCACUUUUGACCUGCUAAUCAAGUCCCACAUGGUGAGCGUGGACUUUCCAGAAAUGAUGGCAGAAAUCAUCUCUGUGCAAGUGCCCAAGAUUCUUUCUGGGAAAGUCAAGCCCAUCUAUUUCCACACGCAGUGAAGCUUUGGAAGCCCCCAUUUUCUCACCCCACUCCACUCCCCUUUUCAGAUAUCUUCUGCUUGUUAUAACUCUGCACUACUUCCCUGCAGUGCCUUGGGGAAUUUCCUCUUUUGAUGUACAGUCUGUCAUGAAGAUGUUCCUGAGUUCUAUUUGCUGCACUACCCCCCCCUUUCCCUCCUUUCUCUUUUUUCCCUUCCUAUCUGACCCUCCCAUGGCACUUUCAGACUCUGCUCCCUGCCAUGGCUCUUAUCUGUGCUUUGAAUGGUGUUGUAUUUCUUUAAAUCUGUGAUGAUCCUCAUGUGGCUCAGUGUCAAGUUGUGCUUGUUUAUAGCACUGCACUGUGUGCCAGCCACACAAAAGUUUACUCACCUAAUGCCACGGGAAGUUUAGAGAGCUGAGUAUCUGGAAAAACAAAAACAAAACAAACAACCCUCCUAAAACCAAAAAUCCUGUAGGGUUUUUUCCGCUUAAAAAAAUAGAAAAACAGAAUUCCCCCAACCAGGCCAACAGUGACUAGAAUAAGGUGAAAAUUGCAAGCCCAUGGGGAGUCACUGCUUUUUUUUUUUUUUUUCCAAGUUCAGCCUCCUGGGGAGACUUUAUUUUCUGCCAAUGGCUAUUGCCAUUAGAGGGCAGGAUGACCGCAUAGAUGAGUUAGGAGGGGGGAGACAGAUUUAAGAGAGGACAAAGAGGACAGAUGGAUCACCAGUACCUGCCCACAGCCUUGGCCCCUGACGGCUAGACUGCUUAACUGCAGUGCAAUUCAUUGUACUGAAAAUGUGCUUCUUGUUUGAAAACGUGUCUGCAUGUGAACGCCUCCCCUCCAGCCAAUCCUUUUUCUCUCUCACCCUCUGCCUCCACCCUCAAAUUGACUUUCAGUAAGCUUUUCUAAGAGCUUUGGACUGAAUGUUCUCUUUAGCCAAAACUUGGCCACUUCCACUGAAGAGUCAGACCAGUAAGAAAGAAAGGAGAGAUCUGACCCUUUGGAAGGCCCUAUCCAGAGCCAGGUCUGCUUUCCCAUUUGUAGGUCAGGGAAGAGGCUGGGGCUGGAGUCAGAGGAAAAUGAAUCGAUGGGUUGGUCGUUUUCCUGCUUAGGGCACUGAAGAUUUGAUCACUCUCUGCCCUUACCUUUAAAAGACCCCGAUGUUUUCUGCCUGACUCCAUGUGGCUGCAAGCUCCCUCUUACCCUCCCUUCAGUGUUUUGUGGGCCUGGACUUCACCAGAUUGUAUUACAGCCAUGGUGGUGAGGUUUGUCCUAAAUGGCAUGUUCACAGACUCUCUGCUAAGAGCUGCUACCACCAAGAAGGCUAGCAAGCCAGCAGUCUUGAUGCCAGUAGGCUCAAAGGCUUCUUACCAAAUGUCGUUCAUCAACUAUCAGAUCUCUGGAGCCCUUAGACAAACCGGAAAGAAGGCAUCGAUGGGACUGGACAAGCCAGACAUCUUGCCCUUGUCCCCUAGAGAUGAUACCUUCCCACCAAGUGAAGAAAUACCUACUUCUUCCUUCAGAGCAGCUAAUGGGGCUAUGCGGGUCACAGUUAAAGAGAAAACUCAAUUACCAGGGUGAGAAGAAUGAAGGCACUAGAACCAGAAACCCUGUAAAUGCUGUCCUUGCCCCCCAGCAUAUCCACCUGCAGAAGUCAUGGGAAGAAGAGAGAAGAAACUAAGAGGAGACUGACUACUAAAUUAAAGUCUUCAAAGGCAAAAUCUAAAGCCAGAUGGGCACCAUCUGGUCGGUUUACCCAUCAUCCUCCUCUGCUGCUUAUUCUGGGCUCUGACAUCGGCCAUACUCACUCAGACCCCCCACCUUUGUUGCUGCCUCUCAGCCAGAGGGAGGCUGAAACAUUUAUACUACAGAACCAUGACCUCCUUUGGAAAGGUCUGGUUUGCGUGGCUCCAAUGGGCUGCCAUCCAUGAACUCAGGGUGUGCUCUUGGGACACUGGUUUCAUAUGGUCCUUUGGCACACCUCUCUUUUGCUGACUUUGUCCCCCAAUCCUGAGUUCAGGGGCAAUGUCCUCCUACUUUCUUGUCUUGGCAACUGCCUCCUCAGUUAGGUCUUACAUUCAUCUGCUAAAUUCAACAAAUCAGGGGCCAGUUACCAAGCUGCCCAUUUCAGUUGGUUCACUCUACUUAUUGAGAAGAGUUUCUGAGUGACACGCUAUUAUCUACAUGGGUUUCCUCCCCUGAUUUCUGUGCUGAUAUUAAUAGCCAAAUGAACUUGCAAAACAGCUUCUUUAAAUAACAAGGGACAGGGGAACCUAAGAUGGGUGAUAUACCAAUCCAAGACUGCUGAACAAAACUAAAACUGACAGGUUCUCUUUCUGGGGUAGGAUAGACAAAUCCUGGUUUUCUUCAUUAGGACAUCAUUUGGCUUAUGUAAGCUUACGAGAUUACUUCUGGCUGUUUUAAACAACAACAAAAAAAAAAUCCAUCACUCUUUUCAGUUACACUAGGCUAUAGUUUAAUAGCUCCUUUACAUCUGUUUUAAAAUUAUUUUCCUCUUUUAUGGUACAUGGAUUUGAUUAUAUCAUUCUAAUAUCUCUCCUUGUAAAUACUAGACGCUCUCCUUUUUAUUUCUCUGACUACCAAAUUUUUCACCUUUAUGGAUUUCCCAAUUGUGACUCUUGUCUUUGUGAAUAUAUAUGUUUUGCAUUUGUAAAAGCCAAAAAUCAGUGAAACAGCAGUGUAAAUUAAAAACAGCAACAACUAAACUACUCUGAAAUUCUGAAUGGCAAGACUAGGGAAAAAUGGCCUAAACAAGGCUGUAGGCCUAGUGUUUUCGCCCUGGGGUUUCAGUGAGUGAAGGAGAUUUUAGCUUGGCUUUGUUCUCCUACAGAUAAAAGGGGGAUUCUCUUUUUUUCUUUUGGUCAUUGAUGUGCUCGCCAGUGUAACUGACAGAAGUCUCAUUUGGCAUGCGCUCUGCUGUACAAACAGUUGAUGUGGUUGGUACACUGUGGCUCACCCGUGAAGCCUUGGCCACCUCGAUCCACUGACCUGGUGAGCUGAAAGAUGAGGAUCACUCACCAGGCAAGUCAUGGUAACUGUCUCUAAAGCGGUUUGCAGUGCUUGAUGGGGAUGGAGCGAGGAAGAGAAAACGAAGGAGCACCAGGGACAAGACCCCAUCUGUGCUACACGGGAGACAGCCGCCAGAGCCGCAGACUCUGUGGCCAAAGAAAAGAGUCGUGUGGCAGUUUCAGCUCUUGGUCACUGAGCAGCUCUCCCAGGCUUGGCCUCUGAGCUGAAACAGGGGUUGGGUUCUUUGUUCUAUAGCUUUCCUGUGCCACAGACAGUAUCGUUCUUGGAGAGUUCAUUAUUUUUCUCAUGAGAAUGGAAUUUUCUGAAGGAUUCUGUCAUAUAUCUUUGAAAAAGAAAAUCGGUAAUACACAUAUUUUUAUGUAUGUUCACUGGCACUAAAAAAGAAGAAAAAAAUGCUUUGCCCUGUCCUUUGGAUAGUUGCUGAGGUGAUUCCAGGUUGCGAAACAAUGUGCUGAUGCUAGAGUCCCUCUCUGUCCAUACGCUACUUCUAAAUCCAUAUAGGCCUAUGUAGCAAGAAGUAUUCUAUUUGCACUUUAAGAGAAAGUAGUUUCAUCAUUCACGUGAUAGUAACACUACACAGAUGACCUAACUUUGAGCUUCAAGUAGCUUCUAAGUGUUUGUUUCAUUAGCCACAGCACAGACUUGGCCUUGCCCUCUUUUCUCUCUUGAUAAUUCUGCAGGGCUCAAAAGCCCAAGCCACUCCCGUCUACCCCGUUCCAUCCCUGUGCCAGGGUUGCGCCUCAUGAGACUCUCUCCAGACAGCCCUGUAACUAUGCCUGCAUGGCUCUGGGGAGACAAGAGGCUGACUACUAAUUAUCUUGUGCCAGUUGCCCAGGUGAGAGGGCACUGGGCCAAAAGAGUGGUCUUGUGCUCAACCUCCUGUAAGGGGUCAUGGGAACCAGGAAUGCUUAAGCACAGGAUUCAAUCCCAAACUUAGGGUCAAAAUAAGUCAUUUAGCAUGUGCAUUUUCUUGUAAAAGGAAGUUUCUACCCCUGUUGCCUUUUAUAGGCAGGUCUGUUUCUCACCACUAAUCUCUUUGAAAAUCUUUGAAAGCAGUUUGUUUUUGUGUGUGUGUGUGUGUUUUUUUUUAAAGACAGAUGAAAGCAUCACAUUAUGUAACCAAAGAUUACACUGUAUCUGCUAAGAUACCAAAAUUUAAGAGCAGGGAGGGAACAAGCAUUAGUGCCUCUUUGGUCAACUAUCCAAAGACAGACCACAGGACUUUGUUGUUGACUGACUUGUAAGAGUUUGGUGGGUGUUUCCCCCAACAAUAUAAAUGCUUAGAAAAGUGGAAGAUAAUUUUGAAAAAACUGGGUUUAUAGGUCCUUCACUAAGUGAUUUUAUAAGCAAAACUAGCUUUCCUUUUCUCUAGUAGUUGCUGAGCAAAUUCUUAAAGCUCCAUUGUUGCAUGGUUGGAAACGGAGCUGUCUUGGCCACUGUGUUUGCUAGUGCCCGUGUUAGCGUAUCUGAAGAUGUGAAGCCCUUGAUGAGAAGGGGAGCAUUUAAAGGACUCGAUUUUGCACUAGAGGGACAGCAGGCAGAAAUUCUCAUUUCUGCCCACUUUGGACGGCACAAAAAGUUCUCUUGGGUUUAAGGCAGAAGGUUGAAAUAUAUUGUAAAUGAGUAUUUGUAUCCAUGUUUCAAAAUUGAAUUAUAUAUGUAUAGAUAUAAUGUGUUCUGAUAGCUUUAUCUUUCUCUGCACCUUUAUACUUGGUUCCAGGUCAUAACUGAUACCCUGUACUUGUAAGAGAGGCUACAGUUACAUUUUGGAAGCUCUCUCAGAAUGGAAAAGAUACGUGGGUUGAUCAGAUAACGAAGAGAUCUCUGCCUCUAUUGGGGCCUUACCCACAGGCCUAACAGAGGAGCAGAGGGGGAAAAGAAUAGGGUACAUGAUGUAUUGCACUUUACUAGCCCAAGACAGAUGAAUGUUUAAAGGGUGGUGAAGACUCAUUGGAAUCAACUGGGAUUUCCCACAGAGAAGGCCCAGACUUGGGGCCAAAGGCCCACCCAAAUGAUUAACCGAUGGACCCCUGAUGGGACCUGAGCGUUGGAAGAAGGAGAAACAUUCUUUGUUCUUCACCAUCCUUGUGAGAAAAGGGCAGUUUCCUGCACUUGGGAACCUGGAGCAAGUGCUCCAUCUUUUACACAAUCCACUCACCUACGAUUGAGGUGCUCUUGCUACUGGGUGUCUUGUGUGCUCUAAUUUUGGUUUUGGAUAUGUUCUGUAAAGAUUUCAACAAUGAAAAUGUGUUUUUAUCUGUCAAAAAAUUGUCAGUGUACUAGAAGUUGUAUCUCUGUAGAUGCAGGUCCAUCUCUGCCCUUGGGUAGGGAUGUUUUUCUUCAAUUAAGAAAUUGACACUGGGGUCUGCUGCCCAGAGCCUCCCAACCUUAAACCAUUUCUAGGUGAAGGCAGAAAAUUCCACAUUAGUCACUCCUCCUCUUCAGAUGCUUAGGCUGAGGUAACAAUUUGGAAUGUUCCUGCACCCAGAAAUUAGUGAUAAGUAUUUCAAUUUGGCAGGUAGACUUUUAAAGGGAAAAAUGGCCUUUGAUGCAGUUUUGAUUUAUCCCCAUUCGAUUAAGCCAAAAAAUAAUAUGCAUUGAUUGGUUACCAACCCCAAUUCAGUAUAGUGGGGGUGCUGAUCCCUUUCCUUACCUCACCUGUCUCUUAGCCUUCUAUAAAAUUAAAUGAGGAGCUAUGGACUGAGUAGCCCCUGUAGCCUAAAACAGUCUCCACAUGCACUAAUUCAUGAGGCUGUCUGUCAUAUGGCUGCAGAUUCCACUGGCCACCAAAGACUGAAACACAUAUGUAUCCCAACAGAAAGAAAUUCCUAAAAUGUUGCUGCUUCUCUGGUGGCCCCCCUCCCUGGCUGCUGUUUUACCUUUUGGGACUCUGUUCCCUGCAUUGCAGGCAGGCCAGGCCUGCAGUCUUUCCCAUCCUUAGCCCUUGGUGCUAACUGUCCUGCAGUGAAGUGCCUGUGGGAUUGUCCUAUUCCAUAAGCCACUCAGGUGCUGAGAGUAGCCACCAUUGGGAUAACCCAGGCUAAAAAAAAAAAAAAAAAAAAAAAGAGUCCCCUCACCAUUCAGUGACACCUUUCUGCUUUCCCCUAGACUGGAACGUUGAUUAGGGAGUGCCUCAGAUGUGACAUUCUUGUGCUGUCCUUGAGAUUAAUUUGGCAGCAAGAAGGAGCAGACAAUGUAACCAGAUGUAAGAAUUAACUUUCAAUGUUGAGGGAAAAAAGAAGAAAGCAUCAUAUAAAGAUUUAAAAAAAAAAAAAAAAAAACAUUAAUUUUGCUUGGAAGUUCUUUUGAUGGGGCUUCAGUUCUUACAGCGGCACUUGGCCUCCACUGGGUAGCAGGACCAGCCCCAAGCGCUAGUGCUGUGUUCUUCUUUUUGUAAUCUUGGAAUCUUUUGUUGCUCUAAAUACAAUUAAAAAUGGCAGAAACUUG